AUGUCUUCUGAAGCGGAGCUUGCAGCGUUCAUCCAACGCCAUCGCCAUCUCCUAUCCAGGGAGCGGGAGGCUGAAGUUGAACGAACGUACCUUCUUCUAUCGAACUGCCCACCGAAGCUCCUCGAGCAGAAAGGCCUUGCUUUGGGAGGUCUAGGCGUAUCCAGUAUAAACAUAGGCUUAGGAGGAAAAACCCUUGUAGAGUUGGAACGUCCUACUGCAUAUCACACAACACCCAUCUUUCCACCACACACUUUCAGGCCAGGUGAUCUCGCGAGGAUCGAAGAGAAUGUGUCCAGCGGCACAUCCAAGAAACCCGCAAAAGCCAAGAAACCUGCUGCAGGUGAUGGAAAGAGCGCCAGGUCGGUUGAGGGUGUCGUCUACAAAGUUACGGACACACGCAUCGUAGUGGCAGUUGACGCUUCAGACUCGCAAUCGGAUGACCUCGACCUCCCCGAUCGAUGCCGGGUAGUCAAGCUCGCAAAUAGCGUGACCUACGAUAGGAUGGAAAAGGCGCUCGAUCAGCUGGAGAAGCUCGUCGUGCCCUCAGCUACCGGAGGUAACCCACCGGCAUGGCCCAAAAUGACAAAACUAGUCGAGGUCCUCAUGGGUACCAGCGAGCCCACGAAGCCACAGCCACUCAAAGAUGUAACGUUCUUCGACGCGACCCUCAACGACAGCCAGAAAGAGGCCAUCAAGUUUGCGAUCGCCGCCCCCGAAGUGGCGUGUAUCCACGGGCCCCCCGGCACCGGGAAAACACACACCCUGAUCGAGCUCAUCCGCCAGCUCACCUCGGUGACGCCCUCGAACUCCAAACCGCUGCGGCUCCUCGUAUGCGGCGCGUCCAACCUCUCGGUGGACAAUAUCGUCGAGCGGCUCGUCGCGCUCCCGUCUGCAUCUACGGGCGAGAAGCUGAAGAUCACGCGCCUUGGCCACCCCGCGCGCGUAAUGGCGCACGAGGGGGUCCUCGACGCUACCCUUGACGCGCAGGCUGGCAGGAGUGACCAGGCUGCGCUGGCGAAAGAUGUCAAGAACGAGAUCGAGGCGGCGAUGAGCGUGCUUACCGGUAAGGGCAAGGGGGCAAAGGGUAAGGCCCCACGAGGCGCGGAGAGAAAGAAGAUGUGGGAGGAGGUGAAGGCACUGCGGAAAGAGUAUCGGCAGCGGGAAGGUGGAGUGGUGGAGACUGUCCUGGCUGAGUCCCAGAUCGUUCUGGCGACAUGCCACUCUGCGGGGAGCAAACAGUUGUAUAAGCACGACUUCGACGUCCUCAUCAUUGAUGAAGCCACCCAGGCCCUCGAAGCGGUCUGCUGGAUACCCAUAUUCAAGGCGAAGAAGCUGAUCCUUGCGGGAGACCCCAUGCAACUUCCUCCCACCAUCCUCUCAGUCGACAGCAAGAAGGCGAAGUCGAAGGAUAAGCCCAAUUCUACCCCGAAGUCUUCCAGCAAGAAACCUGACCCGAAACAGAAAGAGAAGAAGAGCGCGCAGACUGAGGAUGUGUUGGAAUCCCCGCAACCACUGAGUGAUGACGAAGCGUCUCAGUCGUCUGAAUCAGAAUGCUCGGAGGAUGACAAGGCCGUCAAAAGCGCGAAGGCUCCAAGUAAUCGACCUCCCGCGGCGGCGAAGGUGCCGUCCAAGCGCCUACGCCCUCCACGGUCGCUGGAAACCACGCUGUUUGACAGGCUCGAAAAGAUGUACGGCCCAGGAAUCAAGCGCAUGCUCAAUGUACAAUACCGAAUGCACGCGCAGAUCGCCGAAUUCCCGUCGAAAGUCAUGUACGCGGGGAAACUGACCUCGCACCCGUCGGUCGCUGCACACCUCCUCAAAGACUUGUCCAACGCAGGCGUGGAUAACGAAGAGGACGAGAAGGAGGUGUUGGGCACGCCCGUGGUGUUUUUCGACACGGCGGGGUGCGAGUACUUCGAGAGGCUCGAAGGCGACGGGGAUGAGGGUAGUAGGUGCAAUGAGAACGAGGCGGAAGUGGUGAAGCGAUGGGUAGAGAAGCUGAUCGGUGCUAGCGUCUUGCCUUCCCAGAUCGCGGUCAUCACGCCGUAUCAAGCGCAGGUGACGCUGCUCACAAGUCUCUUGCGGCCCACGUACGGCGCUGAACUCGAGAUUGGGACGGUCGAUGGGAUGCAAGGCCGUGAAAAGGAGGCUGUUGUGAUUAGCCUGGUGAGAAGUAACGAGACGAGGGAGGUAGGUUUCCUGAAGGAUAAGCGGAGACUGAACGUUGCAAUGACUAGAGCACGACGACACCUGUGCGUCGUCGGGGAUUCUUCUACAGUCCAGCACGGAGGAUCUUUCCUGAAGAAGUGGAUGAAGUGGCUGGAAGACAAUGCCGAUGUCCGAUUUGGAGGCUUGGACUAG